UCUAGUCGGUUCCAGAUGUCAGGUUCCAGAGGCCGGGUCCCAGAGCGAAACCACCUGUGGCGUUCUCCCUCCACAAGCUGCCUGGGCAAGAUGUGCUGGCUGUUGCUCCUUUGGGGAAUCCUCCAUACUUGCCCUACACAGGCCUCUGUGCUCUUGGCCCAGCAGCUACCACAGCAAGUGACAUCCCCGGGAUAUCCAGAGCCAUAUCUCAAAGGCCAGGAGAGCCACAUUGUCAUCGAGGCUCCAGAGGGGUUUGUCGUGAGACUGGUCUUCCAGGACUUUGAUAUGGAGCCGUCCCCAGGCUGUGAAGGAGACUCUGUCACAAUUUCAACCGGAGGGACAGAUGCAAUCCGGCUGUGCGGGCAGCAUGCUUCCUCUCUGGAGAGCCCUCCUGGUCAUAGAGAGUUUGUGUCCUCCGGAAGGAGUUUGAGGCUGACCUUUCGGGCACAUUCUCCCCAGAACAAGAUCACACAAGUCCACAAAGGCUUCCUGGCUCUCUACCAAGCUGUAGCUGUGAGCCAAACCAAUGGGGACUCUGAGGCUGUCACCACACCUGGAGCCAACCCUCCCAGGGUUCAGAACCACUGUCAAGACCCCUACUAUGAAGCCAAACAGACCGGGACAUCCAGCUGCCCAUCCUUGGGGACUUGGAAGGACAGACAGGACAGGGAAGAGGUUCCUCAAUGUGUGCCAGUCUGUGGACGACCAGUCAUCCCCAUUGCCCAGAAUCCAAAGACUUUUGGUUCUUCCCCAGCAAAGCUGGGCAACUUCCCUUGGCAAGCCUUCACCAGUAUCUACGGGCGUGGGGGCGGAGCCCUGCUGGGUGACAGAUGGAUCCUGACUGCUGCCCAUACCAUCUACCCCAAAGACAGCGUCUAUCUCAGAAAGAACCGGAGUGUAGAAGUGUUUCUCGGUCACACAGACGUAGACGAGCUGCUGAAACUGGGGAACCUUCCUGUCCGUAGGGUCGUGGUUCACCCAGACUACCGCCAGCACGAGUCCCACAACUUCAAUGGGGACAUCGCCCUCCUUGAGCUUCAGCACAGCGUCCCUCUGGGCCCCAACGUCCUCCCAGUCUGCCUGCCCGACAAUGAGACCCUCUACCACAGCGGUCUAUGGGGCUAUGUCAGUGGGUUUGGUGUGGAGAUGGGCUGGUUAACGACAAAGUUGAAAUACUCACAGCUGCCCGUAGCUCCCCGGGAGGCCUGUGCUGCCUGGCUCCACGGGAGGCGGCGGACUGAGGUGUUUUCUGACAACAUGUUCUGUGUUGGGGACGAGAUUCAGAUGAACAGUGUCUGCCAGGGGGACAGUGGCAGCGUCUACGUGGUGUGGGACAAUCGUACUCUUCACUGGGUGGCCACGGGCAUUGUAUCCUGGGGCAUCGGGUGUGGCAAGGGAUACGGCUUCUACACCAAAGUACUCAACUAUGUGGGUUGGAUCAAGAGGGUGAUGGACGGCAAAGACUGACCCCAGGUGGUGGAUCAGUACUAUAGAGAUCCCAGCCAAGGAUGAGUAGGAGUGAGGGUCGGUCCACUUGGGGUCGGAGAAGCCUGUUUAAGUCACUGAUUCAUCAACCCACUGCCCAAGAGAAAGCCCCCUUCCCUCAACCUACACCAUCCCAAAUCAGAAGCUGCACCCACUGCCCCGUUCGCCUUCAGCUUUCCCGGGUUUUGUACCAGGGAAGCCCUGGACAUUUAAGCAACCUGUGCUUAGAACAUCUUUUUGCUUGUUCAAGGCAGGAUCUCACUCUGUAGCCCAGGCUAGCCUCAAACUCAUGGCAACGAUCCUGCUUCAGCCACCCAAACACUGGGGUUAUAAACAUGCACGGUUAAGCCUGGCAGUGUCACCCUGGGCAUCUUUUUGAAUCCCCUACCUCAUCCACUGACAGUUUCUUCUGCAUUUACUUGUGGAACAGCUAUCGCCCCUUCAGAUGGAGUGUGAAGGAAGGGAUUUUAACUGCAUUGUGUCCAGAGAACCUGCUGUUGACCUUCAAAUGUGCGAAUUGGUUGGCUUCUCUGCCUAUCACAGCUCCUGCAUGCAAUUACAGUAAUACUUCCUGCAUCUACUGUGAGCAGAGAUCAUCACCUGUUAUCUCGACUAACCCUAGCAUGGUGCUGGCAAAGGGUGUGUGAGCCUCCAACCAUGUCUCACAAUGAGGAAACCGCUCAGAAAGAUACGGACAUCUCGUUCUGACCUGCAUGCUCUCUGGGAUACCUCUCAGCUGUCCCCAAGACCUACCUCAUCAUGGCCCCCUUCUGAGCCCCCCAGCUUUACAGACUCAGUCCCUGGGAAGGAACGUUCACACAUUCCCGCUGGCCCUCAUCACCAAGGGCACUGCCAGCCUGAGAAGAUGAACUCUUUAAUUUGUAGGAAAGAUUUGGAGUGAUUUACAGCGAAGGACAAAAAUAAAACACAACAGUUCAGUGAGAAUAGAGAAUUGAUACCAUAAAAGAAAAGGAACGAAGUGCUGAGGGUAAAGAUACUCUAUGGUUUAUCUCUGAAAAACAGCAGGAUCCAAGCUGAGCACAUGACACCUAAAAUCCCAGGCACUCGAGGAAGAAGGAUCAUUCAAGACCAGCCUUGAUCUCCUCUUAAAGUUUAAAAAAAAAAAAAAAAAAUAGCCAGUAGGUGGUGCCAUUCCGUUCAAGACCAGCCUGAUCUACAGAGUGAGUUCCAGGACACCCAGGGCUACAGAGAGAAACUCUGUCUUGAAAACCAACAAAUAAAUAAAUAGAAAGGUGGCGGGAUCUAAAUAUGGUUGAUUUUGCUUUUUAAACCCUAUGCACAGUUCAAAAGACUAUUAAAAAUAGUCUAGGAGGACCCAGGUUCAGAACCAAACCACUAAAAAAUGGAAGCU